AUGAUUGGGCUCAGGAUUUGGGGUGCCUUUGGUCGGUGUGUGCGGCUUCCUUUUCUCGCACCGUGCACAUUGCUGCUCUGCUUUCUGAUUCCAGAAUGUCUCUCCCACCCGCAGCCCUGUCAGAUUCUCAAACGGAUCGGUCACACGGUGCGCGUUGGGGCUCUGCACUUACAGCCGCGGCUCUUCCGUCACGAUCCCACCUUCAGGGGCAAGAAAGAACCCCUUGUCCCCGUGGAUGAAUGGGACACGGACGGAGGCUCGAGGGAGGCAGCGGAGAGACAGUUGGAAAAGAUUAGCAAAAGUGUUAAUGACCACGGUUUACGCAGCCUACGGACUAAAGGCACGGGGAACAACCAACACAGAGACCGGGGGACUAAAAGUAAAAAUAUGUACAAACAGGUGGAGAGUGAGAGUCGUGUGUUCAUGCCGAGGGACUCUAUCAUAUUAGCCAUGGAGACGUUGAACCGCAUGGUCGGUCUGUUACCAUAUAAUCUCUCACUGGAGGUGGUGAUGGCUGUGGAAGCGGGGCUCGGGGAAUUACCCGCUUUCUCCUUCUCGUCUUCCUCUGUGUGUGAAGACCCCAUGUCGUUUCUACAGAGUGUUUGUCAUACUGUUAUAGUCCAAGGAGUUUCUGCUAUGAUGGCUUUUCCUCAGACCAGGGACGAACUGGUGAAGUUGGAAUUCAUCGCGUCAGCUCUUCAGAUUCCCGUCAUCAGUGUUGUCCAGAACGAAUUCAAACGGCAGAGUAAGGUAGGUGACAAUCUCUGUAUAAACACACUACACCUGUGCAUAAACACGGGUGUAGUAUUGGGCACAAUGUCGUCUCACCUAUUUCUGGUGCAUGAACGGAACAGAGCGCUUAGAAACUAGACGCUAGAACAACGAAGAGUUGAGGAAGGAACGCCGUGUGUUCAGCACCACGGACAGCGCAGCACGCUGCUUUAGGGAUCACAAUGCCACCUUAAAUGUUGAUAUGUUUCUUUCCCUGUCCUUCCUGUGUGACGUAAGUAGCUACAUUCACAAUCACACUCCAUGAACAAUCUACCCACGAAUGGAACAAUAUCUGCCCAAACAAACAAUAUCUGCAUAAACAAAUAAGAAAACAAAUUAGCAUAAAUGGCAGGCUAUAUUAUUAGAAGAUUCAAUGAUAUGCUAUAUCCACAAUUGUAAGGUCGACCUAUGAAUGUAGCUAUCUCUCAGACAAAAAACAUCCUGUAGAACAUCCGCAUAGCUCCACGUUGCGACAGUAACACAUGGCACCACCUCAUCACAUCUGCAGAUAUUGAUUUAAACACAAAUGAACAUCAACUCUUCAACAGGUGCAUUUCUCUCCAAAGCCAAUAUUGAAUUAAACACAUGGCGUAAUUUCCUGUAUGUCUCAUAAGUUAUAAUGUUACAUAUGGGUGUAAAUGUCAAAGUGAACAACCAAUAAUAUGGUAAAUAAUAUAAAAAAUACUUCCCCUCCCCCUCAGACACGCACGCAGGCACAAGCACGCGCACGCGCACGCACACACACAGAGAGGGAGAGAACCCUAACCUCGCUCCCCUUGUAACUCCCUCAGCAUGAAUAACUAGAGCCUAGAGAACUACAAAAUAUGCCAAUUAGGCCUUUCGAAAGGUUCACUGUUGGAAUACAAACCAAUGCUAACUGAAAUAUCAUUAGGCCUGUAAUGAAUUCAUGCUUGAUUUGUAAAUGCAGGCCUUACAUUCACAAUACAUUCGAGACGGACGUCGGAGCGGAAAACAACGUAAUUAAAAAGGGAGUGUGAGUAUAGAGUGAGUAAAGGAAAUUACAUUUAUUCAACUGAUGAGACGAACAUUGGAAUUAAAAACAGCUAAAUUAGCGAAAUUGAGGAUGAAACAUCAGUGUGUGAAGUGAAUGAAGAUCACAUGACUGAGGAAAAUAUUGUCGUGGCAGAACAGAACCUUGCAGUGGUUGAGGACAAUAUUGAAGUGAGUGACAAUCAGGAGCCUUUUGAGAAACGAAAAAAAUGUCUGAAAUUGUUGGAAACAUUGAACAGUUUGAUGGAAGUAUUGAGCAGUGGCGCUCAGACAGAACGGUCUGAAUUGUGCAUACAUUUUUUUUUUUUUUGUGUUAUGGGGGCAGGGACAUUUGGUUUGCUACGAAACCCGCUACAGCCAAGACAGGCCAGGUCAUAAAACGUAUGGGGAUAUUGUUUCACUCCGUAGCCCACACACUAGUCUUUCUCUGAAGGUGUACUUUAGAACAGCGUUAAACUCACAGUGCUCUGAUAGUUUAUUUAAUGCAGCCGCAAACAUUAUCACUGAUUCUCCCUCUUCCUGAUUUGUUCUGUGGAACCUAAAAUCUUUUAGCAAUAACUGGUAGAUUUGGUGAAAUAUUUCCUUUCAGUAUUUCCACAGCACAAUACAGUAGAGUCCAGUAGAGUAGUGGGUCCAUGGAACAAGAGGAGGCCGUCACACUGAAUACACCGACUUGCUGGGGGGCCGCACGGCUACUAUGUCUCUGCCUUACUAGAGGGGAAACUGGUGCGUAUGGAGAGCGACACAAGACUACAGUGCAUUCGGAAUGUAUUCAGACCUGUAUUCCAUUGAUUUUUUUUCUUAAUUUAAAGCAAAAACAGGUUUUUAGACAUUUUUGCAAAUGUGCAAAUGUAUUAAAUGUGUAAAAAAAACAAAAAACGUUUUAUAUACAUAAGUAUUCAGACCCUUUGCUAUGAGACUCAAAAUUGAGUUCAGGUGCAUCCUGUUUCCAUUGAUCAUCCUUGAGAUGUUUCUACAACGUGAUUGGAGUCCAUCUGUGGUAAAUUCAAUUGAUUGGACAUGAUUUGGAAAGGCACACACCUGUCUAUAUAAGGUCCCACAGUUGACAGUGCAUGUCAGAGCAAAAACCAAGCCAUGAGGUCGAAGGCACAGAUCUAGGGAAGGGUACCAAAAAAUGUCUGCAGUAUUGAAGGUCCCCAAGAACACAGUGGCCUCCAUCAUUCUUAAAUGGAAGACGUUUGGAACCACCAAGACUCUUCCUAGAGCUGGACGCCCUGCCAAACUGAGCAAUCAGGGGGAGAAGGGCCUCGGUCAGGGAGGUGACCAAGAACCCGAUGGUCACUCUGACAGAGCUCCAGAGUUCCUCUGUGGAGAUGGGAGAAACUUCCAGAAGGACAACAAUCUCUGCAGCUCUCCACCAAUCAGGCCUUUAUGGUAGAGUGGCCAGACGGAAGCCACUCCUCAGUAAAAGGCACAUGACAGCCUGCUUGGAGUUUGCCAAAAGGCACCUAAAGACUCUUAGACCAUGAGAAACAAGAUUCUCUGGUCUGAUGAAACCAAGAUUGAACUCUUUGGCCUGAAUGCCAUCGAACCCGAUCGAACAUCUCUGGAGAGACCAGAAAAUAGCUUUGCUGCGACGCUCCCCAUCCAACCUGACAGAGCUUGAGAGGAUCUGCGGAGAAGAAAGGGAUAAACUCCCCAAAUACAGGUGUGCCAAGCUUGUAGCGUCAUACCCAAGAAGACUCGAGCAGAGAGGAGCUGGAGUGGAGUGAGCUUUCUCGCCCGCUCCAAUUUUGCUCCAGUAGCACUCCAAGUAGCGCUCACUUCAUGAGCUCAGGGCACGCCAUCCCAGCAUGCAUUUGUAGUCUACUUGUGCGCUGCUAUAGCCCCUUGCUUUAGCUACUGUCAUGGAGUUCACUAAAUAUUUCCAUAAAGAAACUGAUAAAACACACUGGUGCAAAAUCAAGGUGACAUUUACAUGGAUGAGGAUUAAGAGCAAGAGAUGGAGUUUGGUUAUGUAGUAAAGUAAAGAAUCAUUGUGGAAUCUGAAAAGACACGUAUCCCCGGAAGCAUGAUGGUGUACUUACAACCUGCACAUGCUAACAGAAAGGAAGGAGCUGGGUAGCUAGCUAAAUGUGUCAUUGUAGCAAAGUAUUUAUAGACAAAAAAAUCAGAUCUCUUAAAAGUUUCGUUCAUUUUCAUUCUAUUAUCUAUACAAUAGGCUAUCAUUAAUUUUGGCCCAAUAGGCCUGGCAUAUUACCUCUUUGAAGGAGCUUUCAAAUUUUGAUUGGGUUAUUUUGCCUAAAAACCUUUAGGUCUACCUAUAGAAAACAAAAAAACAACAACUCCGCAGCCCUGCCCAGCCUGGCAAGAGUGUCCCGAAGGGUGUUUAGCAUCCCCAGUGGCUGUGCAAGCACGGCUCUCCAGGCACCAUCGCAUGAGCCUGAAGCCACAGACUCCAGCCAAACUCCUGUUUCUAAAAAUGAAUUCAACGGCACUGAGCCUAAUGAGGCAUUUUCCGUUUAAUUUGUAUUUAAUUCUAAGUCACAGACUGUAUGCACAAUUUAUAGACUAUAAUGAUUUAAUACAAUGAAAUGUCGUUUAAAUGCUGAGCCCUUUAUGUCCCUACCAGUCUAGUGUGUUGCUCUCGCUAAUGUUUCACAAUGUAUUUCUGUGUAGGCUUAGCCUUGAAAUAAUCAAUAAUAAUAUAGCCUAAAUAAUUCAUUUUCGUUCCUCCUUAGGCUCCCUGUCUGUCUCCUGACCUAUUUAGAGUGUUUAUAUGCUGUUUAAUACGACAUGUAGCCUGUUUCAAAUGAUGAGCGCUUCUUACUGUCACCUUUUCAUGUUGUUUAUUAAAAUACUUUUCAUUUAAAUCAUAGGGUUUGGUUUCAAUACUUCAAAACCAAAUGGUAGGUCCAGGUAGUCACAAAAAUAGAUGGGUGUUGGUUAAAUUGAGAUUUUGAAGUUGGAGCGGCAGUUUUUUUCUCCUAUGAGCGAGGAGUGGUUUUUAGCGGAGCAGUUGGAAAUGAGCACUGCUCCGUGAGCGAUGAGUGGGAUUUCUGACCACUCAACUCCCCUCACAGACUCUGAUCGACACAGGGGCAGCGGUAUCAUACUCUGAUCAACACAGGGGCAGCGGUAUCAUACUCUGAUCAACACAGGGGCAGCUGUAUAAUACUCUGAUCAACAUAGGGGCAGCUGUAUAAUACUCUGAUUGACACAGGGGCAGCUGUAUAAUACUCUGAUUGACACAGGGGCAGCUGUAUAAUACUCUGAUUGACACAGGGGCAGCUGUAUAAUACUCUGAUCAACACAGGGGCAGCUGUAUAAUACUCUGAUCGACACAGGGGCAGCGGUAUCAUACUCUGAUCGACACAGGGGCAGCGGUAUCAUACUCUGA